GAUCGUUGGUGCAAUUUUUCCUUCAAUUUCUAUAACACCUGAUAAAGGGCUCCCUCUCUUUAUUAGAAAUUAUCUGUUUUCCUUUUUCUUUUCUUUUUUUUUUUUUCAUUUUAAAAAAUCUUGGCUCUCCAUAUAUUAAUCCACAAGUGUCCUAUAUUCUUUGUAUAUAAAUAGGUACCAUAAUCAUUCCUUAUUGUCCAUCAAAGUUCACAUUGCUAAUAAUAUUUCUUAAAGGUACUGUCAAAUUUUCCCGACGGAGAUGGCAGUUUUCUCUGGAGAUUGGGUUCUUGCAUUUGGUAUACUUGGUAAUAUCAUAUCUUUCAUGUUCUAUCUUUCACCAUUGCCUACUUUCUAUCAAAUUUAUAAGAAAAAGUCAAGUGAAGGAUUUCAAUCACUUCCUUACGUAGUUGCUCUCUUCAGCUCCAUGUUGUGGAUAUACUAUGCAUUUCUCAAGUCUGAUAAUACCACACUACUUAUUACUAUAAAUUCUGUUGGAUGUGUCAUUGAAACUGCUUGCAUUUGCUUCUACCUUUUCUAUGCACCAAAGAAGAUACAUACUAUAAAGUUAAUUGUUCUGCUGAUACUUUGUGGGUUUGGUCUGAUCGUUUUCUCGAAUCAACUUGUGGUGAAAGCUUCACACCGUGCUCAUGUUGUUGGAUGGAUUUGUCUAGUAUUUUCAUUGUGUGUAUUUGUCGCCCCUUUAGGCAUUGUGAGACAAGUUAUACGAACCAAGAGCGUAGAAUAUAUGCCAUUUCUUCUAUCAUUUUUUCUCACAAUUAGUGCUGUUACGUGGUUCUUUUAUGGUCUGCUACUCAAAGACUAUAACAUCGCUAUUCCAAAUGUUCUAGGUUUCAUCUUGGGUGUUCUUCAAAUGGUGCUUUAUGUUAUGUACAAAAAUGCAGACAGUACUGCCAUGAAUGAUAAGCAAAAGCUUCCUGAAAUACCACAGAAAAUUAUACUUUUGGAAGAAAACAAAAUUCCAGAAUUAACUGAGCAAAUUAUUAACAUUGUAAAAAUCAGUGCACUGUUAAAUUCAGAAACAAAUCCGGAGGUUUCACAGCCCAGUAUUGAUGGAAUUGAAGAAGCUCAUGAGCAUCAAAAUUUUCCCAUGGAGAUUGAAGUUUAAUGUAAAUUUCUGUGGAUUCUCUAAGCCGCGGGGCCGGCGUAAAUAUUUUUUUUUUUUUGUUUUUAGUUUUGUUUGUCGUUCCAUAUAUUAGUCUAAAGGGUUGUGCUAUCUGCACAGACCCUUUUUGCACAGGGCCUGUAUGCGUGGGUUCACCCUCAUGUGUGCGCACCUGUACAAGCCGUGUGCAGGGACUUUUCCCCUAGUCUAAAUAAUGUAUGCUGUCUUCUUUGUGGAGGCUUUGUGUGUUAUUGGGUUAUUAAUUAAGUCGUGUUCAGUCUA